AUGACCUCACUCUGUCCAAUUACGAGUUCAAUCACCGUAGCUAUACGCAAGAGGCCAAUCGCAAAUAAUGGAAACUCGGGAGACAAGGACAUUGUUACAUGUGAGGACUGUCGCACCAUAUCAGUGCACGAACCGAAGACACGCGUUGACCUUAAGGCAGUGGUGGAGACCUCAGCUUUUGCAUUUGAUUAUGUAUUUGAUGAGUCUGUGGCAAACGAUGUGGUAUACAAGGUGUGCUGUCAACCGUUGCUGUCGGAUGUACAGAACGGGGGAAGCGUUGUGGUUAUUGCCUUUGGCCAGACGGGCAGUGGGAAAACACACACCAUGUUGGGUCACGGCAGCAAGACCAUAGGGUUGUAUGGAUACGCCAUUAGGGAGCUGAUUGGCGAAGAAACCACUCGCAAGCUUGCGGUUAGCUUCUAUGAGGUUUACGGUUCUAAGCUCUUUGACUUGUUGAAUGGACGGACACAGUUGAAAAUGAUGCAGGAUGAGGCUGACAAUCUUCGGAUUGUCGGGUUGUCGGAGAAAGUUGUCACAUGUGACAAGGAGGUAUAUAAACUCAUUUCAAAAGGAGAGUCGCUGCGUUCAUCUGGGUCAACGCUCGCAAACGACACGAGCUCCCGAUCGCACGCAGUGCUGGAAAUCAAGGUUCUCAAUUAUCAGGGUGAGCCGCAUGGUGGCCGAGUCACUCUUAUAGAUUUAGCCGGUAGUGAGCGGGCUGCGGAUACGACAAGUAGUGAUACAAGGGGACGACAUGAAGGAGCUGAGAUAAACAAGUCUCUGUUGGCCCUCAAGGAAUGUAUUCGGGCCAUGUCAAGGAACAGACGGCAUAUUCCUUUUCGUGCCUCCAAGUUGACGCAGGUGCUGCGUGAAAGUUUUAUUGGUAAUUGUAAGACAUGUUUCAUAGCGACAGUUUCACCCUUGCAGCGGCACUGUGAGGAUACGCUGAACACGUUGCGGUAUGCUAACCGCAUAAGGGACCUUAAAGCCCCCUCCGAUGACGGCUUCAGCCGUAAGAUAUCGAUGACAUGCCCCAACUGCAAUGGCCCCGUACGCCCUGAUGCAUCCCACACAUGCGUGCGUUUGUCCACACGAUGUCCGCACUGUAGACAAGUGGUAGAAAAACAUAACCUCGAAGGGCACAUCGAGGAGUGUAGCGAGUUUCCCGUACGAUGUCCUCGCUGUAAUGAACUGUUAGUGCGCGGUGAUAUUCCACGGCACAAUCGUCGUUGUUCCCGAUCUCUAGUGCGCUGUCCGUUGUGCACAUGCCACGUGAUGCGCUGUGGUUUGGAGAAACACACUCUGAUGGAUUGCGGGGCCAAACUAGAGAAGUGUCGUUAUUGUGGACAGGGGUUUCCACGUCACUCAUUGAAGAGGCACGAAGACGUGUGCACGAUGAUGAAGAUCGCCUGUCCUUAUUGUCUGCAAUAUUUUAGAAAAGUUUGCGUAGAUGCUCAUGCCUCGGUGUGUGUAAGGAACCCAAACUGCAGGCGAGUGUCACCGUCAAGGAUUAGGGAUUCGGGUGAAGAGGUGUGGAAGAUAACAAACGGAAAGGAAUGGCGGCAACGGCCUCGGAUGUUAAGGAACCAGUCGUUGAAGCAGCUUGAGGCAAUCUCUCGAACAAAAUCAAGUGUGCAGCUUCGGGAAGGGCGAAAACCCUUAGGGCCACUUGAAGACAAUUUUUCACUUCCCGCUUUGCACGCACCCUCCUCAGCCCCCGACAGGAAACACCCACCGGUUACCAGCGCUUUCACCGAAAGCCUACAAAGUCACCCCAACAGCGAGGACGAUGAUGCCGACAAGGAAGUUUGCAGAACCGCCCCAACUAUCAGUGGAGAAAAUAGCAGCCGAGUUGGAGGUGAAGGUUGUGUUUGCCCUUACGCUGCCUAUGGUUGCUUGCACACUGUGUGUGACUCUUCUCUAGAGAAGCAUAUGAAAGACUCGGUAGAAAUGCAUCUGCAAUUGGUUCGUGACUACGCAGAGCGGGUUUCAGAAGAAAAUAACAUUCUUCGGGAGCGUGUGAAUGAGGGCACCACUAAGGCUUCAAAGCUUCAUGAACUUGAAAGCGUGUGA